GCUGUAAUGAAAGGCACCGAUAGGGGGCGCAACUGGCAGAGGUCUAAUAUGGCGAUGUGUGUUGUGUAAACGUAAUAAUUAUAUUGAGAAACUGUUGAGUAGUUAUGACAGACGUAAAGGACACGCCAAAGGGCCACCGAAGCCAAAAUGACGACGAUGAGGAAAUGUCUAUACGAGCAGAAUUGGCAACCAUGUCAUUCGAAGAACUGCAAAAACUAAAGGAGACACUUGGUGUAAAAGUCUACACAGAAACAUUGUAUGGGAAACGGAAGAAAGGGCUAGAAGUUGAUGCAAAGCAGACGCGGAAAGAUUUCAAGAGAGCUAAUAAGAACAGGCCAACAGAAAUGUCUUCCAAGAUUCCAGUAGGCAGGCACAAAGAUGUUUUCUCUCUAAAGAAAACGAUACUUAGAGAUCCCAGGUUCGAUGACUUAUCAGGGGAAUUCAACCAGAAGAUCUUUGAGAAAGGGUAUUCAUUUUUAGGAGACAUUAAACAAAAGGAAAAACUGAAUCUUCAGAAACAACUCAAGAAAGAAAAGGACCCAGAAAGACAAGAACAGAUAAAAUUUCUUCUCAAAAGGAUGGAGCACCAGGAGAAGGCAGCACAAGACACAGCAGCAACGAAUGUUAAGCUUCAGGAGCUCAGGAAGAAAGAAAGAGAAUCGAUUAAAGAUGGGAAAAAGCCUUUCUUCCUGAAGAAAUCUGAGCAAAAGAAACUGCUACUGGCUGACAAGUUCCAGGAGCUGAAGAAAAGUGGCAAAAUAGAGAAAUACUUACAGAAGAAAUUGAAGAAGAAUGCAGCAAAGGACAGACGCCAUAUACCAAAGCGGCAUAACAAACUUUGAUCGUCAAAUUGUAGAAUCUACCCACAAGUUUUCCGUACUGUACCUUGUGAAUUAUUGUAUAAUCUGAACAGAGAUAUAACAAAUGUCAUGUAUAGAAACUAAGUGAUGUCAUUUAACAUAUUUCUGGCCUGAGAAUGUCAGUAACAAGGAUGUGCACCACAUCAAUUCCUUUAUGUUGUAUAGCUCCAUAAGAAGUAUUUAAUGAUCGGUCAGUAACUUGCGUUUGUGGAAAAUAUACAGUGAGAUCACGAUGUAAAAAGCUGCAUUAUGUAAUUUUAAAAAUAUGACUUUGUAAAUAGAGCCAGAGACUUUUUAGCAAAUAAGGGGGUGGUUUGUACAAACCUAUAAGCAUUUUGUUUCUUCGUGGGAGGUAUUAGGGUUCUGACUGAACAUGUAGGAAUGAUCUAGAGAUGGGUGUGCAAGUCCCUUGGACAAGUAUCGUUAGAAUAAGCACAGGUUGUUUCAUUGGAGAAAGGAUUAACCAGAACAUGAGUAUUUAAAAUGGUACAUGUACUAUAUAAUACAAAUACCACAGGUUUUACAACAAAGAAGGGCAUCAAGAUUUAAGAACAAACAUUAACGUGGAAGUUACUACUGGAUUAUACAGCUUGAAAUUCUGAUAAGAAAUGUUGCAACUACUGAUUUCUGGCAAUCGACACAAUUUUGUAUGGUAGCAGCAAAAAUAAAAUUACAACCACAUUCAGGCUGAAUAACUUUGCAAUCUGAGUGGAUAUGUCACGGAAUAGCAAGAUUAUUUUUUGUACACUUAAACGAGAUUUGAAAUCUUGCCAUCUUUUAAUUAAUUGCUAUCAUCUACACAGUUUACACUUGUAUCCAAUCAUACCAAUAAAAUCUAUUAUAUUACAUCGCAUUCA